AACCCGGGUAAUUGGACGAACUUUUUUUAUGUUUAUUUUGGUGUUUGCGGCUAAAAUUAGUGCUGAAAAAGAGAAAUGGCGGUGCAAAAUAAAGUUUUAUACGCUUUUCGUGGUUGGAUUGCAUUUGUUGCAUUUAUGGAUUUGGGGACCGCCGGCCGGUCUUAUAUUGAGAGGAGAUCGUUUUUGAGCCAUAACGGUGAUGAGCAUUUGGAUGGCGACUUUACGCUGUCUCGCAUGUUGGGGAUGUACUCAGUUUUAAAAGCACUGGCCCUCAUACAUUGCACUCUCUACAUACAUUAUAGACCGGUCGUGUCAAUGGGCUAUUGGUCUCUAGUGCUUUCAAUAAUACUCUACUUCAGCGAAGCGCUGUACUUUCAUUCCACCACACUCAACUUCUAUGUUGUGUUCCCUUGCAUUUUGAACACUAUAACUCUUUUAGGAUUAAUUUACUUGCCAACAAAACUAAAAAUUUGGGGCACCGUGCCUGGCACCUCCGGCAUGGCUGUCGAAGUGGAAGAUGAGAACACACAAAUUUUAAGACAAAUGGGGAACUUCAAAAGACGGAAGGCUGGCUACAAUAAGAAUAAACACGUCUGAUCCUGGGGUUGCCAGUUGCGUGGAAAAUAUAUUGCUGGCUGUGUAGGUUUGUGCCCGUAGAUUUAAAAAAAAGACCAUAGGAGUGUUUGCAUUGGCUUGGCUACUUGUAUACAAGUUCAUAUGUCGUAGAUUUGAAGUAUGGCGUUUUUUAGCAGGCAGGCGGUUUCAAUAUGCUACCAUGUUCACCAGUUGAAAGUUUCUAUAUUUUAGCUUAAACACAAUGCAGAAUAUA